AUGAGAAAAUCAUCAGAUGAUAAAAUACGUGCGGGAAUAGAUAAUCGAGAUCUAUCGUCAACAUCUCAGAAUCGACAUGUUUCGUUGGCAAAUAUCGCAACCGCAUUCUUAAGUGAACGAAAGUCCUCAUCACGUCGAACAAGUAGUGGACGUCGAAAGAAACGCUUGACCAUGCACGACAAAAAAGGAUCGGGAUCAAGGAAUACGUCAAGUUUUUCCACUGGACUCAAUGAUCUUUUCGGGCAACGUUUAUCGUCAGAAAACAUGGAAAGUAACAUCGCUGCCAUCUUCAUGACAAAUAUCAGUGGUACAGGCGCCAAUAACAAGCAUCGAUCAACUGUAUUAUCCCAAGAAGAUCAACGUUUACUUUUAUCAUCGAGUGAAUGGGUUGAAGACGUCAAAGAUAGUGAUCCAUACGUGUCUGUUCUCAGUCGACUUGGCGAAGCCAUACAAGAUUCAGAAACAUUGGUCGAAUUUGUCAAGAAGUCAUAUUCCAUUGUCGCUAAUACAUACGGAGCUACGUUUCUAUUAGCAUUGUUAACUGUUUUUCAAGUGAUACUAUUUUUUAUCGGUGUUAAAUAUUUGAAUGAUUGUCCAGUACAACCAAAUUUACCUGUUUAUUUACUUGUCGCUGGCGCGAUGGGUCUUGUACGUGCAUUGAAUUUACUAUGGAAACAAUUUCGUCGACGACGUUUGAGAAAGUUAGAAGGAGUUGAACUUGAUCAAGAAGAAGAAACAGAGAAUAAUGGAUCUGGUUUUACAGAUGCUGUUUUAAACCUUUUCCUUUUCGCCUGGUUCAUCGUUGGACAGUUUUGGACGUGGUCUAGUUUCAUGCCUAACUUCGAAUUCGGAUUAGAAAAUCCAGAUAAAUACUGUCACAAAAAUGUUUAUAUCUUUGCACUUAUACAUAUUGGUUUAGUUUACGUUAUGUUUCUAGGAGUGAUUCUGUUUUUGAUAGCACUUACAUGUUGUGCAACGUUUCCACAUUUGAUUGUUAAAGCACCACGUUAA